CAUUGCUCAAACAUUUGAUGGAACCCAGUCUAAUGAUGAUGCUCUGUCCUCCGUUGGCUCUGGUGACACUGAUGAUACAGUCCUGCUCUCAUCCCCUAGCUCAGAAACAGUUUCUACAAGACAUCAACAGUGGCCAAAAGAAUUUAAUAUUCCACGCUUUUCUUAUGACACUGAACUCCAAUUAGAGAGAGGGAAUGCUCUUUUUAAGACUAAUGGAACAAGGCUGACUGUCACUCCAAAGAUGAAAUCCGAUAUUCUGGAGAAGGUUUGUGAUGAGAUAUACAAGUAUAAAUCUUAUCCCAGCAGUGCAAACUUCUGUGAAGUUUCAGAGGCGCUUAUCAAGAAACACCCUUGCUUGGCAGAAAAAGGAUCCUUCAAUGGGUGCUAUGGUUGGACACAGAGACUCAAAAUGAAGAUGGGAAACCUACGCACACAGUUAAAAGGUCUUGGAUGCCCUGAGUAUUUGGUAAAUUCUCUGAAAACCAAAGCCUCAGAUCAUCCUUUUCCAGCAAAGAAUGUGAAACGACCUAAACGCGGUGAGGCCAAUCAUAUCCCAUCCCUUCCUGCUGGAGAGACGACAGCAAACCUUGAAGUUGAGCGGCUGGCACUUUUAAAAGAAGUGAAGAAAAGAAACAAUGCAUUGACAAUCAGAGAAAAAAUGACAAAGACGUUCGCCUUACGCAGACAAGAAAUUGUGGAAAACAAACCUAGUGUUCAAGAACUGCAAGAAAGAUGGCCUGCGCUGUUUCAACAAGAGGAGAUUAAUGCCGAAUUUUUGCUCAUCACGACCUUACCUUUACAGUCAAAAUUUAUGGCCUCUUUGGACAGACAGAGCGCUCAGCUUCUCCAGGUUAUUAGGAGCAAAGGUGGAAUGUUCCGUGACAAAACUAAGGACAUUGUCAAAGUUAUGGAUCAGAGCCUGGACGUAGACAUCAGAAGAGAGUGCUUGCUGAAGUGCCUGAUCCUGUACCUUGGUGAAGAUGCAAGCUGUCUAAUCAAAGAAUACCAGGCUGACCAGAGGGAGGAAGCAGAAAGCGAAUUUGAAAAGACCACCAUGGCACUUUUUGUGAUCCGUGAAAGGGAUGCUCUUAGUCAUGCACUGGACAUUUCCAUUGUAAUUGAUGGUGUGGAAGUACUUCAUGAGUUGCCCUCUGUUGCAUGUGCCUGUGCCAUGAUGUUUGGACUCAUUUAUGCACUGAACUUAAAAUAUCCUGAAGGACUCAAAUAUACCUUUGAGGCCUUCCAGAAACUAAUCAUGGACAUAGAGAGUAUGCAGAUAAGCCGAAGGGUGCAGAACCUUUCUUCAAAGCUGCAGGAGUAAGCAGAUGUGCUGAAGAACCUCUAUGCUGCAGGAGUAAAUUUGUUACCUUUGACCCAGCUACAAUGUUCUGCUGAUGGUAAUUUUUUUUUUAAUAUGUUGGACUGUAUAAAGCCUUUUAAACAAAGAUAACUGCUCUACAGUUUACUUAACCUAACGUGUUUUAUCUUAGUAAGUUAGUUCACCUAAAAAUUAAAAUUCUUGCAAUUAUUUACUCACUCAUCCUUAAGGUAUUCAAAGUAUUUUAAAUUGUUUAAAUUAGGUUUAGAGAAAUUUUAUUACAAUUAUAAGAGAAGUUUCAUUUUUAGGUAAACUAUUCUAUGAAGGUGAAAAUACAAUUCCCCCCUCUUUCUUCAGUUGGCUAAUAUGGUAGGUGUUUUAAGUGUUUGAUUUUCCACUGCUCAUUUUAAAUAAUUUUCUUGGAGCAAACUUGUUUUAACUUAAAAAUAAUUCAGAAGGUUUGAUUGUGUAGUCAGUUCAUAGUUGACUGUUCAUGGGAAGAUUACAGAAUUCUAAUAGUUUUGUGUAGUCAGUUUUAAAUGACUGUUCAUGAAAAAAUGGCAUGUUUCUCUUGGAAACCAUAACUGAUUUUUAUGGUGAAUUUACAUUGUAUCCAGUGUCUAUGUAUAUAGAUACUAAAGACUGUUGUACAGUAAGGUUUUAUAACAAUAUGCACAUUGUAGAAAUUUAUGACAAAAGUUGUUAAGUUAAUAUGUUUACAUUUGUUAGACAGUGUGUAUUUGUAGGAAGAUACUGUACAUGUUAUAAAA